AUGUCUAUCUUAAACAUCGGUCUCAUAGGAUUCUCGGGACGACUUGGUGCGCACAUUCUGGAUCAUCUGAUUGAUGCUCAAAACCAGGACAAACUUCAUCUUGUUAUACUUCAUCGAGAGAAUUCGGACCUUUCCAAACUUCCACCUCACGUUGAAAUCGAGACAAGACUGAUUCAACUUGAUGAGAGGGGGGUGGAGGUCACAAAGAAAGCUGUAGAAGAUCUAGAUGUCGUGAUUUCAUCGGUUUGGUAUGCAGGUAUACCUUCUCAAGUUUAUUUGAUAGAUGCACUGGCUUCUUCAAGCAGAAUCAAAUUAUUCAUUCCUUCAGAUUACGGUCUGUCAUGGACAAAUGAAGAACUCGAUAAUUCAGCUUUAGAAUUCGGUCAUAUCAAAGUGAAAUCCAAAGUCAUCGAAAAAAAAGCCAAUGAGCUGAAUGUUCCAAUUGUAAACGUUCGUGUUGGCUGUUUUGACCAGACCUUCUUCCCUGGCGAGGUGAUUGGACUGGAUGCUCAAACUAACAAGAUCAGGUUUUACAGAGAGACUGCUCUCAAGUACCAAGUCCGCAUAACUACACUCGACUAUUUGGGAUACGCACUGACUCAACUAUCACUUGAUCCUUCUCGAAUCGCCGGCAAGACGAUUACGCUCUAUGAUAUCGCUCUGACAGGACAGGAGAUCGUAGAUGUUUUGACUGUGAUACAUGGAAGCCCAACUGAAGUUGCAAAAUUCACGGAAGAAGAAUAUCAAAGGGAUUUGAAGGAUUUCAGUGGAUCGAUAGGUGCUGGAGUCAAGAAACGAUGGGUUGAAAAUGAUUGGAGAGUUGGGGAAAAAGUUGAAAUCGAAGGAUACACUCAUGUUUCCUUCGAAGAUAUUACCCGAAAAUGGCUGAGUUCCGUUUCUACGUAG